AUGGGCUCUAUUUCGGGGAUGAAACGUGUUGUUGAAGAAUAUACCAUACAAGAGGACCUGGCAGCAAUCUGUACACUAGAGUUAGGAAAGCCCAUCGCGGAGUCCUACACGACCGUGGACUACGGGAUCAGUUUCCUGGAAUGGUUUGACGGCGAAAUCGAGCGACUCUACGGCGAGACCAUCCCGGCUGCGCGGGGAAGUAACCGAAUAAUGAUGACCGCCGAGCCCCAGGGCGUCGUCGCGGCAAUCACGCCGUGGAACUCGCCCGUAGCAAUGAUUCUGCGCAAAGUCGGGGCGGCCAUAUCAGCGGGAAAUACGGUCGUUCUCAAGCCUGCGCCUGAGACGCCGAUGUGUGCGAUUGCCAUUGCGAAGCUAUUCGAACAGGUGGAUUACCCCGAGGGAACGUUGAAUAUAGUCACUGGAGAUGCGGUUGCGUCGGUUGAAAUUGGGGAUGAAAUGUGUCAUAAUCCGGUUGUGCGGCAUCUGAGCUUUACGGGGUCGACUGCUGUGGGCAAGCUUUUGAAUGCGGAGUGUGCGAAGCAUUUGAAAAAGACCAGUAUGGAGCUUAGGUAG